UAUGUUUUGGGCGAAGUGCUUCAUUUUGACGUUUCCUAUUUGAGAUAGAACCCACUCUCUUCCUGUCGGUGUCAGAGUAGUAACUUCACCAUAUUUAGUUGGUCAGAGCCCACAGAGUUGAGCACAGGCAACCGGGUGAAAAUCUUGGUCAUAUCGGCGAAUGCACCGGGAGUUGACAGCUAGAAACAGCGAGACUGGCGCUGUUGGAAAGUGGACAUCAGUGGAAACAAGGCUGCACAUCAAAACGGGUGCAAGCUGCCUAUCGUUAGCAGACUUUGAGUGAUAAGUAGCUGUCUAUUGUCGGAUGAGAAUUCGAACUAGUAGUCGUAGGUAGCUAGAUGGCUAGAUAGCUAAUUAUCGCCAACUAGCAAGCCUUAAACUCGAUUUCUUCUGGAUGUAAAACUGAAUUUAUAAGAUUUUUAUUCAGUAAACUGGUAAUAAACUAAAGAGCCCAGUGAAUCUGCAAUUAUGAUAUCUUGACAUUGUCUGUUAGCUAUGCUUGUCUCAAUCCAUUUGCUAAUCUAACAGCUGGCUAGUUUAUCAUCGUCGUUGAGGCUCGAGCAAGUAUCGCCGUGGCAGUGAAUUCUGAUUGGAUACCUUGAUCGACUUGCAGACACCGGGACACGGAAGACACUCAUCCAAAGGGAAUGGAAAAGGGGCCCGUUUGACAGUGAGCAGAGAAGAGAAUUCGGGGGAACCCGUAACAACUCGGUUGCAUCGCCUGUGCGGUGUUGUGAACUGCCGAUAAACCAGAUUGAACCAAGCAAGAGUUCCUGACAUUUGACAUCUGUGAUCCGGGGAGUGAACCGGGCAGGGACCUCAUGAAUGGAAAUCGGAACGACAGGAGCCGUUGGAGCCCAGCCCCUGUUCACUGUGCCACGGCGGCCUGGCUAUGGCACCAUGGGAAAGCCCAUCAAGCUGCUGGCAAACUGCUUCCAGGUGGAUAUCCCCAAGAUAGACGUCUACCUCUAUGAGGUGGACAUCAAGCCCGAGAAGUGCCCGCGCCGCGUCAACAGGGAGGUGGUGGACUCCAUGGUGCAGCACUUCAAGGUUACCAUCUUUGGGGAUCGUCGGCCAGUCUACGAUGGGAAGAGGAGCUUGUACACAGCCAACCCGCUGCCUGUGGCAACCGCAGGGGUGGAUCUGGAUGUCACUCUACCGGGUGAGGGGGGCAAGGACCGGCCCUUUAAGGUCUCAAUCAAGUUUGUGUCUCUGGUGAGCUGGCAUAUGCUGCACGAGGUGCUAACCGGCCGCAGCGUGCCUGAGCCCCUGGAGCUGGACAAGCCCAUCAGCACCAACCCAGUACACGCUGUGGACGUGGUGCUGCGACACCUGCCCUCCAUGAAGUACACUCCAGUGGGUCGCUCCUUCUUCUCAGCCCCAGAGGGCUACGACCAUCCCCUGGGAGGGGGGAGAGAGGUGUGGUUUGGUUUCCACCAGUCUGUACGCCCCGCCAUGUGGAAGAUGAUGCUCAAUAUUGACGUGUCUGCCACGGCCUUCUACAAAGCCCAGCCAGUGAUCCAGUUCAUGUGUGAGGUCCUGGACAUCCACAACAUAGACGAGCAGCCCCGACCUCUCACAGACUCCCACCGGGUCAAAUUCACCAAAGAAAUCAAAGGUCUGAAGGUGGAGGUCACACACUGUGGCACCAUGCGGAGGAAGUACCGUGUUUGCAAUGUGACCCGUCGGCCCGCCAGCCAUCAAACGUUCCCUCUGCAGCUGGAGAAUGGUCAAACGGUGGAACGCACGGUGGCCCAGUACUUCAGAGAGAAGUACAGCCUGCAGCUCAAAUAUCCCCACCUGCCCUGCCUCCAGGUGGGGCAGGAGCAGAAGCACACCUACCUGCCCCUGGAGGUGUGUAACAUAGUAGCAGGGCAGCGCUGCAUCAAGAAACUGACAGAUAAUCAGACGUCCACUAUGAUCAAAGCCACGGCUCGCUCUGCACCUGACAGACAGGAGGAGAUCAGCCGGCUGGUGCGCAGUGCCAACUACGAGUCUGACCCCUUUGUGCAGGAGUUCCAGUUCAAGGUGCGCGACGAGAUGGCCCACGUGACGGGGCGUGUGCUGCCUGCCCCCAUGCUGCAAUACGGCGGCAGGAACCGGACGGUGGCCACCCCAAGUCACGGGGUGUGGGACAUGAGGGGCAAACAGUUCCACACGGGAGUGGAGAUCAAGAUGUGGGCCAUCGCAUGUUUCGCCACACAGAGGCAGUGUCGCGAGGAGAUCCUCAAGGGUUUCACAGACCAGCUGCGUAAGAUCUCCAAGGAUGCUGGGAUGCCCAUCCAGGGCCAGCCGUGUUUCUGUAAAUACGCCCAGGGAGCUGACAGUGUGGAGCCUAUGUUCAGGCACCUGAAGAACACCUACUCUGGACUGCAGCUCAUCAUCGUCAUCCUGCCUGGAAAGACCCCAGUCUACGCGGAGGUGAAGAGGGUGGGAGACACUCUCCUAGGAAUGGCCACUCAGUGUGUCCAGGUGAAGAACGUGGUGAAGACGUCCCCCCAGACCCUCUCUAACCUCUGCCUCAAGAUCAACGUCAAGCUGGGGGGAAUCAACAAUAUCCUGGUGCCCCACCAACGACCCUCAGUAUUCCAGCAGCCAAUCAUCUUCCUGGGGGCGGACGUUACACAUCCCCCUGCUGGAGACGGGAAGAAGCCCUCCAUCGCUGCACGUUGGUGUUGUACUACGAGGCUGCUGGCCAUCCGCGAGGCCUCCAUUGGCUUAGAGAAGGACUACCAGCCCGGCAUCACCUACAUCGUUGGACGUAGUGGAAACAUUCCUGCUGGCACCACGGUGGACACGGACAUCACGCACCCCUACGAGUUUGACUUUUACCUCUGCAGUCACGCUGGAAUACAGGGGACCAGUCGGCCCUCCCACUACCACGUCCUGUGGGACGACAACUGCUUCACGGCCGAUGAGUUCCAGCUGCUCACCUACCAGCUGUGCCACACCUACGUGCGCUGUACCCGCUCCGUCUCCAUCCCCGCGCCAGCCUACUACGCCCACCUGGUGGCCUUCCGUGCCCGCUACCAUCUGGUGGACAAGGAGCACGACAGUGCGGAGGGCAGCCAUGUCUCUGGGCAGAGUAACGGUCGGGACCCCCAGGCUCUGGCCAAGGCGGUGCAGAUUCACCACGACACGCUGAGGACCAUGUACUUCGCCUGAGCACCACCCCACACCACCAUCACCGCACUUAAAGCACACACACACAAACCCCGCCUGCCAGUCAAGGAGGGUUGCAUCCCCCCACAACCAGUCAAUCCGGACCUGACACUGUGUAGAGGGAAGAGGGGGGUGGGGGAAGCCCCCUGCAAUGGACUGAGGAUGCAGACAGACGCUGCUUUAAAACAAGAGAGGAAGAACUUGGCACUAUUAUGCAAUAUUAAACCAGCCAACUGCUUUUCCAGGGCACCCCAACUCCGCCCCCACCCUCCUCCAGUCCCUCCCUCCUUUUCUCCGGUCAUGAAGGAGAUCUGUUUAGAUUCCGGAUGUGUAUGGUCAACGUUGCAGAAAUCGUUCCCUUUCGUCAUCAUGCCUUUUACGUCAGCUCAGUUUUUAACUGCAGCACUUCUGCCCUUUUUCGUUUGUUAGUUCAGUUUUGACUUUUUCUUUAUCAAAGGUGGAGGAGAGAAGAAGAAAAGGAUCAGGAGUGUGAAGGGUGGAUCUCUAUCGGUGCAGACCCAUCACGGCGCACAAGCUUGCCACUGGUAUUUCUCUCCUUUCCUCUCCAGCUUUUCUUUUAGCCAAUGGUGACUUAUCAAAAGUGUGAGUGUGUCAAUGGACACUGUGUACUAGGAGACGAACACAAGCUAUUAUUGUGAGCACAGUGCCACCUGGAGUCUGAACGGUGUAAAUGCUCUCUUCAAAAGUCCCAACCUGUCUGGGGAAUAAGCUAUGAUGCUAAUCAUAUGAUUUCCAACUCGUUAUCGUUUGACUUGAACCAAUAAGUGCUGUGCGUAUACACUGGCACACAUCAUAGAGGGUAAUACAAUGAUAUCACACCCUAGGUCAGUCCCCUAUGACAUAGGUCUAAUGUGCUGUCACAUCAACUAACUACAUUGCAAUGUGACCCUGUUUUGAAUUUUCUUUCCUGUACAUCAUGUGUUUUGAUAUUUAAGGUGCUUGUUUGUUUUUUUUUACCAUUCUUUCCAGUAUUUAUUAGUACGCUCAAGAUAUAGUAAUUUAACAUGAGACGAGCGUUUUUAUUUCUGCAUUCUUUCUAUCUCAUUGCUCUUUCGAUCUAUCCGCUCUCUUGGAUUUUAAUUUGUGGUGGGAGAUCCUAAAUUGAAUGACAGAUCAUGUUGCUUUCCCCUGGUGCAAUAAUCUUUUAGCUGAGGGAAGGAAGCUUCUUCUAGAAGAUACGGUUUGAAUAUCUGGAAGUCUGUAGCAGUGAGUUACGAGAAUGUAGCAGAACCCUGAUCUCCUAUGAGAACUCUGUUCACACAAUUGGCACUUACCCGUUGCUCCUCUUUAUGAAGGGGGGUAGAGGGGCUCAGCGGUCUAAUGGUUAUGCCAGUGAGUGUGUCAUGGGUUAGAAUUCAAGUGCCUGGUUUUGGAAAUUAACAGUUAAAUGGAAGUUGUAUGGAUGGAUUAUGACAUGGACAUCCUAGCCUUUAAAAUGUAUUCAAACAAGGAAGUUAAAGGGCAACGUUUAGCUGGGGAAAGUUGACUUUAAGCUACAUUUUGCCUCCUUUUUUUUGACAGACAUUGCAUCGCAUUGAAAUCCUCAUGAUAGAAAAUAUAUAUAUUCUGUGUGUGUGUUAGUUUAUCCUAUUGUCUUUGCCUAAUAGCAGCAGUAUUUUAGCAGAUCAAGUCGUGCUGCACUCUCUCUAUCCUCAUCAGACAUGGAUCUAGCUGCUAUAUCUACAUGUACUCAAGGUGACUAAGAAUCGAGACAUGCCUCAGUCAUGAGCGGCAGGAGAGCUAAGCCGACAUUUCAUUUUUCCCCCCGCCAUAUAACUGAGCAUCCAAACCAAUAGUAGCUAGCUGUCUUCUAGAGUCAACAAUUCGAUGAAUCUUGGAAGUCGGAGAGACUGAGUGAGUGAGUGAGUGACUUGUGUGGUCGCUGCUUAGCUCCUCUGCUCUGUGACGUGAGGCAUGCCUAGUGGUGUUCAAGAGAAAGACAAUAAUCUGCACUAAAAGAAGUGUGUGUCAGACCGAACACAUGCCUCUGGUGCUAUGGGGGGGGUGGCCUCCUUGCCGCACCCCUUUGAGAAUUUGCAGUCUGAGUGGGCCCUUGGGGGGGGGGCAGUGUAGGGAUUCUCGUCCUAACUGUUAGUGGAAACGGUUGCCAUUGAGAACCUCUUGGUUUGACGUUACAAUGAUACAAGGACACAGUUCUCAAGGCAAGGACUGCCCCAAUAGGUGAACGGUAGUGUGGUCCAAUGGUAGAAUCCUGUGUCCCCCUGUAGUUGCGUUUGACUGCCUUCCCAACUCUAGCCUUCCCCUGGCUGGAAGCCAAUGAGUUUGAGCCUUCAUGAUCUUCACUAGUGUCCAAAAAGCCUUUUUAAAAAGCCAGAUUGGAAGAUGUGUGUAUGUACAUUUCACAUUAUUGUAAUGCUCACACCACUUAUUUUUGCUAACCAAAAAAUCUAACAUAUGUAGUUAUAUAGUUAUUCAUCAUAGUAAUAAUAUCAUUAAAGGUAAACGGUAAUAAAAUAUGUAAGAGUUGAUAAUGCAAUAGACUGUUGUUGACUCGUGUCCCGUGGCAAUGUAUAACAUUAAUUUGUUUAUUUUGGCGUGCGUACGGUGGCGGUGAAUGUAUUUCGACAUGUAACGUGUGUCUGGAUUGUUAGACUGUUAUGGAUCGGGAUGUGGUGGACUUGUCUCCUCUGAGUUCUAGAAGUAAGAGGUGCUUCUAUUUCUGUCACUCUUGGCAGCUGUUGUCAGAUCUUCCCUGUUGUCAUAGAAUCCAAAUGGAAUCAUUAGACUUUUUUUAAGAGCAUAAUUGUUCUGAUCCAGAUCGUCUUUCUCAGGCGGGAGUUGACGCCUGUAGAGUAGGGGAGAGCGGGAGAAACCGGGGCUUGUCAAAGUGUUUGUAGACCCACUUUUAAAAAGAUGUAGUUGAUUUAAAGAAUGAGAUGGUUACCUUGACUGGUCAUCUUGAACGUUUAGUACCGAUGCGGCCCGCAGUGUUUUAGGUUAAGCCUUGUGGGUUAUGAGGCCCCUAUAGAGCGAGACUUGGCCUGUAACUGUUGCUUUUCUCCACGCGCAACCAAGGGCACUUCUUGUGCUCAGAAAUACAAAGCCUAUAGGCCUCCAGUAAGUCUGCAAUGUGACAGUCUAUAAUCUCAUUUGUUUUUCCCACUUUCUCCUGACUUUUGCUUCCCGUUGCCAGAGGACUACAUUCCAUAGCCAGUAGAUCUGCCAUCGGAUUCCCCUGAGAAGUGGAGAAAAGAUGGAAGACUAGAGGACAGACAAAGUUAACUGUGUGUGUGUGUGUGUGUGUUGGUUAGUACAGAGUAGGGUAUUGUAGUUAGAUUGGUUUUCGUGCAUGUGGCUGGUUCUGGUGUAUGUGAAGUGAGAAGUAGGGCUAAGUGCCAUUUGAGGGAGGUGGCGUGUAUGGAUCGGGACAUUGUUUAGCAAGCGACAAGCGUAGCUCUUAUCUAAGCUGGCAUUAUGAUGAACGUCAAGGACUAUAGAACAUUCAGAUUUUCCUGGGCAAAAGAACACAUGUUUACAUAUAGCAGAUGUGUUUGCCUAACAUCCUUAUAACAUUACAACUCGCUACAUCGUCAUCCGUAACGUUUUUCAGAUGUUCGUUUUGUUUUCAUCAGUUUUUUUGCUUAGUUUAUAGAUAUUUAUGAGCAAGGCCUUUCUAGGUCCAAAACAUCACCCCAGAGUUUGCUAUACUCUAUGGGAAAGUAGCUAUAUUUACAGUAGCUAUAUGUGUGUUCAUUCCAUUGCCUGUGACUUACAGAUAUACUGGAUUUUGUGUUGUAUAUUCUUUCUUUUCGGGGUGGAAGGUAAAUCUAUGGCAGAGUGACGAAGUCCACAGAAAGUGCCUUUCUUUAUGGUGGUGCUGUAAAACAAAAGUCAAACGGAAAAUCAAAAAGACAUCGAUCCUAUUUUUGAAGAAAAAACACCACACCUGCGUUUUAUGCACAGUGUACACACACACACACACACCAAGAUUGAUACUGAGGACCCGCAGUCUGUUUGUUAAAGACAUUAGAGUAUAUGAUUGUGGUUGAGCGUUCACUUAGUGGUGCAUUUUGAGUCUGGAACAAUGGACUUGGUAGGUUGGUACAGUGGAACUUGCGAGGUCACAGUUAAAACCGGGGUGUGUGUGUGUGACACAGCCUGGCCCACGAAUGACAAACAUAGCACAGCACUUUAUAGACUGCCACUCUCUCUCGGACAUGAAACCAAGAGGUUUUCUGUCUCUGUUCCUCCUCCAAUCCCCGCCUCCCAGAUACAGUUUAGUAUCGAAUAAUUGUUUAUUAUGUGAAUGAGGAGAUUUUCCUCCUCUGGGAAAGGGAAUUGGAUUACGACACCAAACAAAACGGUUGCUAUCGCUACUAAGUGGUCAUUUUUAAAAGCGUGCCUCCAGCUCAUGUGACUUCGCUGAUGAUGGCUCUGUUUUGAGUCGGCCUGCAUUUAUAUGGUUUCUCCUUAAGAAUUUGAAACCACCAACGGUUUUUAAGUGUUCCAAUGUAAGGCAUCCAUAUUAGGAAGCAGGGCAUCCAUAUUAGGAAGUCGUCAGUUGUCUGGCCCAUGGCAUUCUCUCAUCCUAGUGCAAUGCCUCGCCGUGUGUCUGUCUUGUCCUUACUGGAAGGGUAGUGGGCCCAUUUUCAUUGGCGUUUUGGGGCAGUUCGGGUGUAGAAUAAGACUCCGAGGGGGUCUGUAUGAGUCAUUUGGGGUACCCGUCAGUCCAGGGGGGUGAUACCUUUACAAGAGAUUAAAAAAAAAUAUAUAUAUAUAUAUGCGCCUCACUUACCUUGGUAUGCUGCAUAUGUUAUACUACAUGAGAGGAAAAACUGCAAAUAUUGCUUUGGUUAUUACAGUAUAAUGCUUGAUUAAUACCUGACUAUGAUAUUCUUAUAACUAUUUUAGAGACAGAAGUAUAACUGUAAGAUAUUCUUGUUUUAGUUUUUUUGUCUUAACACUUAUCUGACUUGAGCCGAACGUUUUAUGUUGUCGUCCUAUUUAAAUGUGUCGUUCUUUUUAAUAUGUAUAUGAAAUGUAUAUUGCAAAAUAUUUUAUGCUGUAUUUAUUGAGUGCAUAAACGAGCGGCUAGCUAGAGUCUCAUUGGCAGCAUGGUGGAGGUGGAGCUAGGGGACGAGGCCUUAAACCCCCCCCCUCCCUCUCCAUGUUGAAGCCUUAUCCUCCCCCAGACACGCAAGCACAGCAACGUGGUGGUGGGCGGACAGAGGGGCACAGUUGAGCAGGGGGACCUGUUUUUUAAAUGAGGUAUUAAUUAUGUAGACCCCUGCGUCUAGCGGUUUGGUUCCUCGUGAAGGGAGGAGGCCUUCUCAUAUGUCCUCUUACCACCUUCUUGUACUCUCUCUUCCCUCUCUCCUCCCCGGUUCUCUCCUCCCAUCUUGAAGAGGCCACCCCCACAUGUUGCGUCUCAUCUCCUGUAGGGUAGGGGAACCUUUACUGAACCACACGGACUGAGCUGAGCCUUGUUAAAAACCUCACGUCCUCAUCCAGAGCUGCUAAUAUGUUAGCCAUGUAAACUCUCCUGGCCUGGUGAAGUACAGGUGGGUGAGAAUAGAGGAGAAAAGGAGGGAAUGAUGGUGACUGUGCUAAGGCAGAGGAUGUUAGGUGUGGCUUCUGUCCUUUCACUUUUUCCCCCUUGUGCCAGAGACUUUUACACAGUAAGGAGUGGAGUGUAAAGUCUCGUUCCGCUCAAAUACAAGCCUCCGCCUUAAGUGUGUCGUUACUUCGUUGUUGGGUUUUAUUUACGACUACGGAAUGCCUGAGUUGAGUACAAAAAAAUGGCCUAACUCCAAAAUGGCAUCCUCGUGUUUCUUUUCAAACCACUAAUAGUGCUACAGUAGUUGGUGAGCCCCAACGUACAAAAGUGUUUUGUUUCCCCACGUGUAUGGAUGUAAGAACAGGAGCCCGAGGGUUCUGUGUGCUGUACCUGUAUAACGAAUCAAGGUGUUGUAAUAGUUAGUUGCUGUUCUGUUAGUUGUUCCCACCUCACUCUAGGGUCAGAGGUCAGAGGCAUGGAGCUUGGAAGGGGUCGUCAACCCUGUUCAGAACGUUUAAUAGGCUUUUCUACCUAAUACCCACAGACAAAUCCUUUGUUUAAGACAUGUUGACUCCAUUUAGCUGUCUGAUUGAUGUGCAAGCAGACGCUGCUUGUUUUCAGUCCGUUCGCAGUCCAUGUUAAGAUUUUGAAAUGACAUUUGCUCGAGAGAUUAUCGGAUGCUGUUUUCCCAAUGUUACACUGGUUUGAAGACCGAUCUCGUCAGUGGCCAAGAAUGCUGGACUUUUUUUUUUUUUAGAGUUUCCUAUAUGUUUCAUCGGUAUCUUGAGGUUAUUUUUGUAUUUGACGUGCGUCAGUUAGGAUUGUGCGCUGUGAUACCAUUUUGAGUUCUGAGGCACCAGCUAAAAUCAAUGGGUGUUUGAUGAUACGAACAAGGUAGCCACAUGAGUUCCAUGCCUCGAUCUCUCUCCCUUACUACUCUGUAUGUUUCAAACUCUCUGUUGUACCAACAGGUCUUUUUAUUUCAGUUUUAAAUCUCUUUUGUCUUAUAAUUUUUUCUUUUAGGACUUUAGUUUAGCUUUGCUACAAUUUGAAGUGUAUCUUUCACUAAUACUUGUAAUAAAAAGCUUUGCUUUAAAA